UUUCGCCAUGGUGACAUCGAGAACAUUUUGGAGACAGUCGUUAAAUCCGCUGGUCGUGCUGCCGCUGGAGGCGGAAUUCUUGGUUUUGCUAAGAAAGUUAUGGACAACGCCUCUGGAGGCUCGAAAUUCAAUAAAGGAGAUAUCAAGAAAGUUUAUUUUGGUAACUGGCUCAGGGAUUACUCUCAGGCGAUGGAUAUCGCUGGCUUAAGCAAACUCAGCGCGGAUACCCUUGUUCUCGUUGUCUCUGUUCUUGGUUUUAUGGCGUUUGGCUUUGCCACUAGGGAGUUCGAGGUCACGCCCGAUCGUCUUGGUGUCUACUUGCCCGUUGAACAUAUCGAUAACCCAAAAGGUUAUGCUGAGAAAGAAGGCGAUGCUCGUCAAUUUCACCCCAAACUUCGUCCGCCUGUUGAUCCUCGUGAACUCGAAGUCGACGAGCGAACGGGUAUGAAAAACUAUAUGGCGACUGAAGAUCAAGGCUGGGAUUCGUCCACAGCCCACAUCCGUCGCACUUUCCGAGCUUGCAUCGAAUAUGGUCGCAGGGCGUCCGGACAAGAAGGUGCCGAGCUGUAUGAAGCUUUUCGUUUACUUGGCACGGGUCUCCACACGAUGGAGGAUCUUCUCGCGCAUAGUAACUGGUGUGAAAUUGGCCUCCGCAAGAUGGGCUACGAGGAAGUCUUUUGUCACGUCGGCGAUAAUGUCUACGUGCAGACUCCCUCUGGUGAAAGAGUUCCACCUCUUGUCACCGGUACAUUUGGUAGUGCCGACUUCAUGCACUCGAUGCUGGGGGAAGCGACCGAUCAUAUCAGCCAGGCUAGUGUCACAGCCUUGAACGAUCAGAUGGCGCAGACCUCGCAAAACAACGACACCGCCGAAAAGUUAUCCGCUCUAAAGAAACUCCUCAGCAAGGUCGGUGGAGGGGAUGACAAGCUGAGUCAGGGAGAGCAGCUGCAAGCACAGUCCCAAGCGUACCACUUCGACCCCGAUAAUGUUGCGCCGCCUGAGGUCCAGAAGCAACUUCUGGAUUUACUCAAAUGGCGCGAUGAUGUCUAUAGGGAUAUCAUUGCCAAGAUCGAGAUGGUCCCCGGCUUGAGUGACUUGAUAGACGAGCUGAGCAAUGCGCUCACAGCAUAUGUCUACACCGUUAUUGCACCCUGGCUCACGCCUAUCCUUACCCAAGCUACGUCGGCCCUCGGCGAAGGAAGCAAAGCUGUCAUCGACUCCGAUGACCAAUAUGAAGUUUUCGACAACGCAGAUGCGUCUGACCCUUCACAUAGUCUCUUAUCCAAAGACCAUUUCGGUCUGAUUCUCAACGAGCCUGCAGGGAAAAUAGCUCAGAUCGUAGUUGUCAAUAGUAUUCAGCGUCAGAUGUUUGACGAACUUGAGAAAUGGGUCGGUGCUAUGGGUGAGGAAGCACGCGACACUAUUGACAAGCUGACGAAGGACGCUGUUCGCGAGGGAAAGAACAAGAGAGAGGGAGAUGGAAGUGUCGAGCCUGGCUACGGGGGCUGCGGACAUGGAAGCAGCGCGAGCUACGGUCGUAAGACCCAAAGCAGUGGCUACCAGGGCCAGAGCUCGCACCAGAGCUCCGGCGGAUAUGGAGGUAGCCAGUCGCAUGGCAGCAGUCAGCAAUCGUCGUAUGGAGGCCGUAACGAAUCAACCUACGGCAGCCAGGACGAAUACUCUGGCCGGACCGAGUCCACAUAUGGUGGACGCAGAACCGAUGAGUCUUCUUACGGGGGACGCAAUGACUCUGGAUCCACCUAUGGAAGGAACACGGAGUCUUCGUAUGGUACUACAAACGAGCCUUCAUCCGGAGGACGCUACGAACCCACUUACGGAGGGAACACGGAGUCUUCGUAUGGUGGUACAGGUGUAUCCUCCUAUGGGGGUCGCAACGAAUCCACCUACGGAAGGAACACUGAGUCAGAGUCUUAUGGCAGUACAAACGAAUCUUCCUAUGGUGGAAGGACUAAGCCUUCCUAUGGUGGACGUGACGAGUCUACCUAUGGCCGACAAGCCGAGCCUUCCUACGGCAGACAGGAUGAUUCGUAUGGAAGUAGGCAGCAGACAAGCUAUCGCCGUGACGAUUCGUCGUAUGAUACUAGCAGUCCCGAGGUCUCAUAUGGUGGCAGGAACGAGUCGUCGUAUGGCAGGAGCGAGUCCUCUUAUGGUGGCCGAGAUGACUCUAGUUAUGGUGGGCGGACUGAUUCCUCCGGAUAUGGCGAACAGAGUGAAAGCUAUGGUAGCGGUGGUUAUGGAAGCGGUCAUGGCCGCCGUCAUGAUGAAGAAGGAUAUGGCGGCGGUGAUCCUCCUCGUCAAGAAUAUGGGGGUAGGGGAGGUGAAUACGGUGGCCGAGGAGGUUACGGCGGGGGUGGCGAUAAGUUUGGUCGGCCUCCUCCUCCCCAAGAAUUUGAAGGUGGCCGAGGCGGAGGGUAUAAUCCCCAGUUAUGGCGGAUCAGACGACACAUUCGGCGCUGAAAGAAUGAAUAUUCGGGAUGAGGACGAUGAUCGCGGCCACGGACGUCGCCAUGGCCACCAUGGGCAGUCAUGAAGAAAGGCGUGAAUACGGUUAUUGAAGGAUAAGAAG